AGGAAGUUUUUUUUUCUUUACACUGAAAUCUAACAUUUCAUUUAAAUCAAUUUCUUUCUUUCAAGGGCCACAACGUUUGCUUUUUCAGGAAUACAUCGAUGACGUCAAUGAAAAAAUGUGAUGUAUGAAUAUACGCUUCGAGUAAAAGUAGUUCACAGCACUAUUUUGUCCCGCGCAAUAUAAUUUUCGUGUGUAUUAUUGUAAACAGGCUCGUAGCUAAAUUUUUCGUUCAACUCGUAAUGGUGUCCUCCAUUCCUGGAAAGUUCUAAGGAAAAGUUCAAGAUUUCGCCACAUUUUUCGCCUAUGAUAGGAUCUAUGAGCAGCCCAAAAUUCUUCUGACCUUUCGUUUGAGCCUGUGUUGAUAUUUUUGGAUUGUCAAAAUGUCGCAGGACAUGCAAGAACGACAAGGUACACAGGUAGUGCAUGUGAGGGAAAAUAGUGGAAACGAACUUGAUGCAUUGUUUCAGUUUGCAGCUAAUCCAAACCCCGAAUUAGGGGGACAAAUUCCCUUCCGUAAAAGGAAUUUACCUCCAUCCUUUUUCAAUGAACCAAAGCCGUCACAACCUGGCCAUGUGAAGCAAGGUAGCAAUGACUCGACAGGUUUUCCUGGACAAAUGAACCCCGCCAUGGGGGCCCAUAUGAGGGCACACUCCUCACCCGCUACCUUACAACAAUCCCUCUCGGCGGCCCCUCAACCCCCCAGUCACGCCCGACAGCGUUCCUGUGAUGCGUUGUUGGACCCAAUAGAUAGCGAACCCCUGCCCCCAGGGUGGGAAAUGGCAAAAACUCAAGAUGGACAAAGAUAUUAUUUAAAUCCUGUUGACAAAAGUAUUUAUACUCACUUAACCCAGAUCACCACCUGGCAAGACCCCAGGAAAACAGGCAGCUCUAAUGCUCUAAACAGUCGAACCCCGCCCCCCAACUCUCAGUCUCCCAAUGUAUCACUCCAGAACCUGGGGCCCUUACCACCAGGGUGGGAGCAGGCUAACACCGCAGAGGGGGACAUUUACUUCAUCAACCACAUAGAACGUAUCACAAGCUGGUACGACCCACGCAUACCUGAACAACUGCAGCAGUUAAGACUCAGUGGUUCACAACCACAGCUGCAGAGACAAAUGCAGUCCCCGAGACAAAUGGGGCAAACACAACCCCCCCCAAUCAGUCGUCCAGUGGGUGCCAAAUCCCCUGCCUCAGUUCAGUUUUCAAAAAUUCAAAUGGAAAAAGAAUUACUGCGCAAAAGGCAGGAAGACCUACAGCGUCAGGAAAUGAUGCUGAAAGCGCAGAUGCAGCAACAACAGGUUUAUGAAAAUCCACCUAAUUCUCAAGGCAUUGUGAUAUCUCAAGCUCUGGAAAUGACAACAGUAACAGACCCCUUCCUUGGUCAGUCCAAUGUGACGGCUAACCACAUCAAGCAGGAAAGCUCAGACAGUGGCGUUGGUAUGGGUACGGGAACUCCAUACAGUCUAUCUCGAACUCCUGAAGAUUUCCUUAGUAACGUCAGCGAAAUGGAGCAAGAUGGAGGAGGACACAGACACAGUGAAUUCAAUAAUAUGGACAUUGGAAACAUUGGAGGAAAUGAGGAAAACAGCAACAUGGAUAGCGAGGAUCUGGUCCCAAGUCUGCAGGAAGACAUCAGUAAUGAACUUUUAAAUGACAUGGAAAGUGUGUUGAAUGUCAAUAAACUGGAUAAUAUUCUCAGUGGGGACAAUUCACUCACUUGGCUGUGAAAUCGAAACAAACUUCAUAUUCCAUGUUGCAUCUCCUCUGUCACAUGACACAAGGUCAUGUGACCACCAGUAGCAGAGUAAGAGGGAUCUUAUGUACUGCCAAACCUUAUGUUGCACAGUUUAGUGAGAAAGUUAUUUUUCAAAUAGAUUUUUUUAGAAUAUCAGGGAAAAUGAGAAAGAGAAAUAAAAAGUUCUAUUUUGUACUCACUCAUCAUCAUCAUAAUUGUUCAUUAUCAUACAUGUAUUAUCAAUGUGUUCCAUGCCCAUGUUUUCCUAUGCCAGUUUUGUAUGAAAUUAUGGUUAUCUUACAAAGGUUUUUUAUCCCAAUAAUAUAAUACAUGUACAUAUUAUUCUGUGGAAUCUUUUUAAUUCAUGGAGGGUCAAAGUUCAUGAACAAGCGCCAUUUUGCUGGUUUGUUGGUGCAAAAUUUGUUAAAAAAUUGUUUAUGUAGAAGAUUUAAUAAAUGUUUAAACAUUUUGUUAAUGGGGAUGAUUUAUGAAAACUGAUCCCCAAUUAAUAAUGAGAUUCCACAGUUAUGGUAACAUUUAAACGGGAGUUUAUUCUUUUCCUUCCUCAAGAGUUUAAAAAUCAGCAUGAACAAAAAAAUCAAAAAGAUUACCAAAGAGUAGAUGUUACUAUGAAUCAGAGGGCAUGGCAUAUAUGUAAAUACAGUGGAUUUUUUGUUUUCAAUAAUAACAUUAAAUAUAUAUAUUAUGUCAUUGUAACUUUGUUAAAAGCUGUUCAAAUUUGUGUAAAUUUUUUUGCCAUGUAGUAGAAGAUUGCAUGAAAAAAAAAGUUAUGGUCUAUGCACCCUUUACUUAAAAAAAGAAUUGAUUAACCCAUGUUUACUUAAGUCUACUGGGCUGCUUAGCUACAAAUGUGAUAAAUAUUUGUUGUAAAAAAUUUUGGGUUCACCCUAUGUACAUGCUAAUAACCUCGACUGUCUUUCUUUUUGAAGGGCUAUUAAAGUUUAUUUACAUCAAUACCAUUAUUUGGGAAUGAAAUUAUGUUUUGUUUAUUUGUCAGUAUUUUUUUCAUUCAUAUUUUUAAGUAUGUUUUUUACAUUUAGAUUUUUAUGAACCUUUUAGCUUAAUAAUUUAAUAUUUUGGUACAUCCUGCCAAAAAGAAAAUGUUACCAUAUUUGCAAAAUAAUGUUUGAACUUGUUUUAUAUAUAUUGUGAUAUCUUUUAUGAUGAUCAAUUUGAGAGAUAAUGGCAGCGAUGAUUGUAAAACUAAUUGAUAUUAUUUCCAUUGUUCCACAGCUGAACAACUAAAGUAAUUGUUCAGUAAGGCUAUCUCAGAGUUUGAAAUUAUGAAAGAUACAAGAAAUGAAUUUCAUCUGCAAAAAAUGUCUUUAUGAAUAUUCGUCAAUGAAAUGUCCUUCUGAAUAUUCAUCAGUGAAAGGUACAGAGAUAAUUUUCCUUUCUGCCGAUAUGAUUGCCUUAAUAUGCAUGUGAUAUUCGACUUAUAUUGUCCCUGUGAUAGUCUUGCAUAACAGUCUGCCCUCAUCAUAUGACAACUUCAUUUCGCACAAUGUCAUGAACACAGAUUUUUAUAAGAAUCACUAUGAAUUGAGUGCUUUUGUUUUUUGAGGUUGUAAAAAUCUUAUUUUUAUUCAUAAUGUCAUGAAUCUUUAUUAUGCAAUAAGAUUUCUGUGAACCUGUUAGCACAUAUUGUGGGACUUUUUAUUCUGUUUUGGGUCUUUCAGAAUAAAUUAGGAGGGAAGAAGGUAUAUCCGGUGAGAAACAAAUUUUAAAGAGUUCUGAAACUCAAAUGGAAGAUUAAGAUUCCUGGUCCUGAAUUGUGUUUCUGUUCAAGAAUUUUUGGUUGAUAACCUUUGUUGAGCCAUCUAUGUAUGGAGAACCUAGGUUGAAAGGAAUUUGUUGUUCAGCCCAGAAUUUGGUUUGUGAUGAGGGCCUUGUUCACAGAGUUUGUUCAUAAGAUGAGCAUGUUAGAUCUCUCAUUGCCCAGUGUUCAGCAUCAAGCUAUUGUCAUUUUAUUGCCCAUCUUUUCCUGUCGCUAAUAAGGCUUCCUGACAAUUAAUAAGGGCCUUGUCUUUUAGGGUGACAAAAUCUGUAAUCUAUGAAUAUACUUCCAUGUUGUGUCUGUUGAACUGUUUUUGUCAAAUUUUAUUUUGGUACACACAUUUUGAUAAAUACCAUGUUCUUUGGACAUCUUUUUUGUACAGGUAUAAGGCAGAGCCAUGAACAUACAUUCCAAUGUCCUUAUCAUUUUUAUGCUGGAAAUUCACGCCUAAAAUUACAUUUUUUUUCUCAGGCUUGUUCGAAGAAAAAAGUUUUUUGUCAGGCCAUCCUAAGAGUAUUAAAUCAUUGUAUCAAAGUUAUUUUUUUCUAUAUUCAAAAUGGUAGUCAUGGGAAAAACUUCUGAUGAAUGAUUUUGUAUGUUAAAAUGUGUGCAGAUUUUUUUUAUUGUUUGCACAUUUUGUAUAUAAUAAACAUGCAAUUCAAAGUGCUACAAGUAUAAAGAUAAUUUAUACUGUUAUUUUUUCGGAAAAUUGAAUGAAAUACAAGAAAGGCUUCACAUUUGAGUUAACCUUUCCUUAUAGAGCCUAUUGAUUAUAUAGUUAUUUAGCAUAUUCUUUAAUUAUACAACUUCUUUCAAUUUUAAAAAAUAUCAUACUAUAUGUAUAGUGAAUCCUUAUAUAGAAUGUAAUUGUACAUAUGAAGAUCUCAAGAAGCAAAGCAAAGUGUAACAGAGGUUUUAUAUUAUGUAUCUGGUGAGAAUGAAUUUGAAUUCACUAAAUGACCCAAAGAAAGGUCAUUAACAUUUGUAGAUAAAAAUAUAUGAAAAAAAUUAAUAAAAAUUGUAUAAAAUGA